GUCCGGUCCGGGUUAGCUUGCCUCGUCAGCGUCCGCGUUUUUCCCGGCCCCCCCCAACCCCCCCGGACAGGACCCCCUUGAGCUCGUCCCUCAGCUGCCACCAUGAGCGACCCCGAUCACUCCAUGGAUGAAAUGACAGCUGUGGUGAAGAUUGAAAAAGGAGUUGGUGGCAGUAACGGGGGCAAUGGUAAUGGUGGUGGUGCCUUUGCACAGGCUCGAAGCAGCAGCACAGGCAGUGCCAGUAGCAGCAGUGGAGGAGGAGGAGGACAGGAAUCCCAGCCAUCCCCUUUGGCUCUGCUGGCAGCAACUUGCAGCAGAAUUGAGUCACCCAAUGAGAACAGCAACAACUCCCAGGGCCCGAGUCAGUCAGGGGGUACAGGUGAGCUUGACCUUACAGCCACACAACUUUCACAGGGUGCCAAUGGCUGGCAGAUCAUCUCUUCCUCCUCUGGGGCUACCCCUACCUCAAAGGAACAGAGUGGCAGCAGUACCAGUGGCAGCAAUGGCAGUGAGUCCUCCAAGAAUCGUACAGUGUCUGGUGGGCAGUAUGUUGUGGCUGCCACUCCCAACUUACAGAACCAGCAAGUUCUGACAGGACUACCUGGAGUGAUGCCUAACAUUCAGUAUCAGGUAAUCCCACAGUUUCAAACCGUUGAUGGGCAGCAGCUGCAAUUUGCUGCCACUGGAGCCCAAGUGCAGCAGGAUGGUUCUGGUCAAAUACAGAUUAUACCAGGUGCAAACCAACAAAUCAUCACAAAUCGAGGAAGUGGAGGCAACAUCAUUGCUGCUAUGCCAAACCUACUCCAGCAGGCUGUUCCCCUCCAAGGCCUAGCUAAUAAUGUGCUCUCAGGACAGACUCAGUAUGUGACCAAUGUACCAGUGGCCCUGAAUGGGAACAUCACCUUGCUACCUGUCAACAGCGUUUCUGCAGCUACCUUGACUCCCAGCUCUCAGGCAGUUACGAUUAGCAGCUCUGGGUCCCAGGAGAGCGGAUCACAGCCCGUCACCUCAGGGACUGCCAUCAGUUCUGCCAGCUUGGUAUCAUCGCAAGCCAGUUCCAGCUCCUUUUUUACCAAUGCCAAUAGCUACUCAACAACUACUACCACCAGCAACAUGGGGAUUAUGAACUUCACCACCAGCGGAUCAUCAGGGACCAACUCUCAAGGCCAGACACCCCAGAGGGUCAGUGGGUUACAGGGAUCUGAUGCUCUGAACAUCCAACAGAACCAGGCAUCUGGAGGCUCCCUGCAAGCAAGUCAGCAAAAAGAUGGAGAGCAAAACCAGCAGACACAGCAACAGCAGAUUCUUAUCCAGCCUCAGCUAGUUCAAGGGGGACAGGCCCUACAGGCCCUUCAAGCAGCAGCACCAUUGUCAGGGCAGACCUUUACAACUCAAGCUAUCUCCCAGGAAACCCUCCAGAACCUCCAGCUUCAGGCUGUUCCAAACUCUGGCCCCAUCAUCAUCCGGACACCAACAGUGGGACCCAAUGGACAGGUCAGUUGGCAAACUCUUCAGCUGCAGAACCUCCAAGUUCAGAACCCACAGGCCCAGACAAUCACCUUAGCCCCAAUGCAGGGUGUUUCCUUGGGGCAGACCAGCAGCAGCAACACCGCUCUUACACCUAUUGCCUCAGCUGCCUCCAUUCCUGCAAGCACAGUCACUGUGAAUGCUGCUCAACUCUCCUCCAUGCCAGGCCUCCAGACCAUUAACCUCAGUGCGUUGAGUACUUCAGGAAUCCAGGUGCACCAGCUUCCGAGCCUGCCGUUGGCUAUAGCAAAUACCCCAGGUGAUCAUGGAGGUCAGCUUGGUCUUCAUGGGGCUAGUGGUGAUGGAAUACAUGAUGACACAGCAGGUGGAGAGGAAGGAGAGAAUAGCCCAGAUCCUCAACCUCAAGCUGGUCGGAGGACCCGGCGGGAAGCAUGCACAUGCCCCUACUGUAAAGAUAGUGAGGGAAGGGGUUCUGGGGAUCCUGGCAAAAAGAAACAGCACAUAUGCCACAUCCAAGGCUGUGGUAAAGUAUAUGGCAAGACCUCACACCUACGGGCUCACUUGCGCUGGCACACAGGCGAGAGACCAUUCAUGUGUACCUGGUCAUACUGUGGGAAACGCUUCACACGUUCGGAUGAGCUGCAGAGGCACAAACGCACACACACAGGUGAGAAGAAAUUUGCCUGCCCUGAGUGCCCUAAGCGCUUCAUGAGGAGUGACCAUCUGUCAAAACAUAUUAAGACCCACCAGAAUAAGAAGGGAGGUCCAGGUGUAGCCUUGAGUGUGGGCACUUUGCCCCUGGACAGUGGGGCAGGUUCAGAAGGCAGCGGCACUGCCACCCCUUCAGCCCUUAUUACCACCAACAUGGUAGCCAUGGAGGCCAUCUGUCCAGAAGGCAUUGCCCGUCUUGCUAACAGUGGCAUCAACGUCAUGCAGGUGGCGGAUCUGCAGUCCAUUAAUAUCAGUGGCAAUGGUUUCUGAGAUCAGGCAUCUGGGGCCAGAGACAUAUGGGCCAUACCCCUCAACCCUGGGAUGCAAGGUAGUGUGGGUCCAAGAGACAUGUGGGAGAGAAAGCCAUGAGGCAUUAAAAUGCAUGGUGGUGGGAAGAAUUGGGGAAGGGAUACGAGAGAAGAGAUGGGGUCUUGGCACCCACCUACAUCAUCAGUGCCUCCUUGAAUGUGGGAAACAUUAGUGAAAAUCCUGUUGGUGCCACCCUUUGAUGAGCAUUUGUUUGACCCCAGUUUCUUCUUUCAUUUCUUACCCCAGCCUCCCCUUGCUGCAUUUUUCUUCUCAGCUCUCCCAUGAUAGAUCCCCCCUUUCCUAAAGCCAUCAUGCCUUGAUAAAUAUAUAUGAUCAUUGAAAUACUUUUUAACAAAAAACAGAUUCUAUAUUAUAUAUAUAUAUAUAUAAAAAAAAAAGAUAUAUAGAGACGCAUUCACAGGGGUUGGCUGGGAGGAGGAAGGAGACCAUUCUGUGACCAAAAUACCUUGGUCAUUUUUUUUUUUUAAUAUUGCCUUAUUUUCUUAUGGCUGAGCCUUGUUGUGACACAUCAAGCUUUUCUAUAGAUGUUGUCUUGGCUUCCCAUCAGAUUAAGCAUUCAUAUGCUUUGCUUUUAGUUUAUAUAUACGUACAUAAUGUUUUUCCUUUCCUAAUAAUUGUCUUUUUAUUUGGGAUCAGCUUCUUGUAUUCCUUUCCUGACUUAAUUUUUUUUGUCUCCCCUUCUGUCACCUGAUCAUUUGAUGUUUUUUGUUAGUGGUCCCUGGAUGAGGCACUUCUGUUGAUCGUUUAAAGACCUUAGUCCCAGCAACAGAAUGGAAAAACCUUGAUGUCCAGGCCGAUGCUUGAGGUAGCUGUGAAAGGAGUGUUCAAAAUAGUGCUGACGCAGGCACCUUCUUGGUGCUGGAGAGUCAAAAGCAUCUCCCUUCAUCAGCUGCUCUAAGCAUUUAGAACCAAACUUUUCUGUGGAAUUGUACAUUAGACCCUUUGAAGGUUAUAAUCUGGAAUCACUUUGUAUAAACUGUCAAAAAAUGGUCAAAUGAUAGAUAGGGUCUUUUCAGUAGAAAAAAAGAUUGCUCGAAGAGGAAGUGGCUCAUGGUAUUUGGGUUCAGGAGCUAGUGGAGUAUUUGGACUUUGGUACCACUGUCUUCCACACUGUCUCUAAGCUUUUAUGUGUGGGCUUCUGAGUUAGCAUUCUAAAAGGAAGUACACUUCCUCUUUUGAACAUCCUGGGUAGUAGUUUCUUUCCUAUUAUGUUGAUAAGGAGCAUCAGCCAAUAGAUCUUUCUGGGUUCCCAUUCUGCAGAAUUCCAGAACAUGUACUAGUGACAAGACAGUGGUUCUUAAUGAUCUUUUUCCCUUAACUAUUCUUAAAUGUAUGUACUUGGAUGGUUCCUAAGGGAAAAGGGAGCACAUGAUCAUGGGAAUGAUAGCCCAGAACAAAAGAAAUCUUGUCUUACCACUAUGAUUUGUAAGAGAGAUUGGAAGAAAUCAUCCUGUUUUUUCCAUGGCCUGAUUCCAGUAAAGACUGAUCCAAAAAUUAUAGCGGCAGGGAACUCAGUGCGUUUUGCAUUGAUAUUUAAACACAACCAGAAUUGUCCUCAAGGCCCAGCCAUUAAAGCAUUGUCUCUCUCUACCUUCUGGUAUCUUGUUAGAGAGCUUUUCACUGUGAGGAAGUGUGGAAAUGGCUGUGUGUAUGUGUGUAAUCUAUUAGGUUGGGGAUAGGUUUUCUGUUAGCCAAUAAUAAAAGAGACCUGCAAUAAAAAAUUACCCUAAUCUGAUAGAAAGUUAAAUGUUUGUGUAUGACUGUGUGUGUGAAUGUGUGCUCUUGCCUGUAUAUAUCUACACACAGAUGAGAAAUUAUAUUUGAAAUUGUUGGAAAUUCAGAUCAAAAUGCCUUUCAGGCCCAUUACCUAGAAAUCUAUCUUAAAACCUGGGUAUGUUCCUGAGGUUAUUUCUCUGCUUAUGCUAAAUAGGUUACAAUUAUGAGUGGGGGAUAUUCUACUGUACUUUUUCAAGAAGAAACUAUUUUUUUGUUUGAAAAUGAAACCAACAUCCAGAUCUAUAGCAGAGUCUUUAUUCUUUUCACAGAUCUUUUUACUUUGGCUACAAAUAGAUGAUGCUAUGAUUCUACUAUAUAUUUUAUAUAAAAUCUAUCCAAAUUAGGUUUUGGGUACAUUUGUAUUGUUUAACCUGAAUUACAAUAACUGUUAAUACUUUAAACAAUAGUUCACUUCAUUUGGUCCUUUCUCUACAGAUAUAAUUCUGUUUUCAACACCCAGGAGCUAUUGCAAGGAACUUUUCCCAGAUCAGAUUAUAUUGAUGCUGAAGUAAAAGUCAUCUCUGUCCAGCCACUAUCACACCCUUUAUUCCUACCGAAAGGCAGAACUUAGAACGUGUUAUUUUAUGUCUGUAAUCAUGUACUUUGACAUCUUUUGGAGGAAAGGGGCAGAAUAAGUCACUGGAGUGUGCAGUAUUUUGCUAGAGCAUUUCAAGGAAUGGAAUCGCUCCAGUAUAAACUUAUUAGGUAUAAACUAGCUUUAAUGAUAUUGAGGAACAUUUGAUGAUGUUUCUUUCUUGGAUGAAAAGCUGCUGGUUUUCCCACAACCCUCUAUAUUAGCAUUACCAUGAGUGAAUUUAUAUCCAAUUCUUUCCACUUGCCCUAUUUCCUUCUCAUUAAGGAAGCUGCAGAUCUGGUAUCUUAUUUGGCUCCAAAACAGAAGCAGAAGCAGCUCCUGCUUUUUUGUCUUCCAGCAGCAGUGAGCCACUUAGUCUUUUCCACAGGAAGAUAGGGGUCUGUCUACAUUCCUUGAGUUAGGAGCUUAUUACUGAAAAAAAUGACCUUUCCCUGAACUUUUGGCCAGCAGAAAUUAACGUAACUCAUACGCAUAUUGAUUCUGAAAUUUUUUCAUGAGUUUGAUUAGUUUUUUAAUGACCAAAACUUGCAGGGCAGGAGAUGCCCAGAGGAGUGGUGAUAUGCAAACUCCUAUUCCCUGUCUUUUCAGGUUACCCAUUCACAUUUAUUUGUUUAUCAUUUGACUAUCUGUCUUAUUUCCCCAGAGCAGUAAUAACCCACACCCAUCUUCCUUCAGGGACAGCCCAGCUGGCUCCCUGUGAGUGCUACAUGGAAUGCAGUUUAAUGGAUAAUUCUCAGCCUGGUUCAGAAUAAAUUGAACCUUUGAUCCUAGAAAGUAUAGAUUGAUGUGUGUGGUAAAAAUUAUGAUUACGGGAGGGUUGGAGACAAAAGCUGUAAAUUACUAUGGCUGAUUUAUUUCUACUAUAUACAUAUAUAUAUUUUUUGCUUUUGUAUAUCCUACAUAGGAAACUAAGCAUUGUAUUUUUUUAACAAAUCUGAGAAAGCACUAUGAACUGCAGGUAUUUUGACUUUCAGAACAUUUUGUAUUGUUAAUAUCUUCACAUGGUGUGAAUACUGGAAGCUGCAGAUCUUUGCUAGGACGCAAUAAAUUUAUAUUCUUUUUGAGGGGUUCUUCUGGGGGUGCUAAUCAGGCCCCUGUUAUUUUCUGCGGGAGCCCUGGUGCUACUUGCCUGAAGUUUUUAUUCCAUUGUAAGUACCCUAAUGCCUUUUGGACCUUGGGAUCAGAUCAAAAGAGUUUUGGAGAUCAAGUACCAAGGAAAGAAGACCGUCUAGCUGCCUCAAGUGAGGGGCCCUUUGCAUAGCUCUUCUUCCCCCUCCCUGAAGCUGGGUAGCCCCUGGGGUUGGAGGAGAAAUGUGAAGUUGUAGAAAUGUACCUCCCUUAGAAGAGAGCUAGUAACUUAUGCACAAGGAUGAAAGGUGGCAGCAGUAGCUUUGGAGAAAUGGGAGGAUAUGGCACUUCUCCAACCCCGGAAAACAUUUCUUUUGAAAACUGCUGAUAAAAUACAGGCAGGUUAUUACUUUUGUUUGGGAGACUCUGCUCUCUCUCAUGCCUCUGUUGGCUCUACUCCGGGGGUACAGACCUUUUCUAGGAGGAUGAGCAGACCAGCUUUGAGGUUGAACUGUUUCUUUUUCUUUUUUCUUUCUUUUUCUUUUUUUUCUUUUUUUGUCUGCCUUCCCUAAACACCAGCCCCUAGGAAGACAUUAAGCAGCCUUAUGUUUAAAUUCCUAUUCCCUCUUCCAGAUUUGGCUCCAUUGUCUUAGAUCAGAAAGGAAAAGAUGGGAAUCCCAGGCUUCAUUACUCCCCUAGGUCUUUUCCACUCUUACUUCCCAAACCCCCAAAAAGAUUUCCUCCACAAUGUUCAUUUGAGAGAGGAAUUUUGUCCCACUUUCCCCUUAUCAAAUAGCCCCAGUCAUCUUUGUCUCUGCUAAAGGAGUAAAAGUGUGGUGAUCUGUUCCUCAGCUCCCCUUAAGUCCCAGCUCAGCAUCAGAAAAUAAAAAGCAUAACAAAUGGAGUCAGGCUGGAGGACUUAGUUGAUAACUCUCGCAAGUUAUGUGUUUUCCCAUUUUUUGCCUUCAGGAAUUAACACUGUGCCUUCUCCAUGAGGGAAUGGGUUUUGUUGGCCCAGCCCUCUACUUUCCCAGCAACUGCUCUUGAACAGUGUGAACAGGGGCAGAUCUUCAUAUUUCCUUUUCUCCCUGGUGACAUCCCUUGCUUAGAGUCUAGGGCACAAAGACUGGGAAGGAUAUGCUGAGAUUGACUUGAGGAAACACCACCUACACAUACCAGUGGCGGUUGCCCCAGAGCUUGCUGCUGCUUCCCGAGUCUGUCAUCCUCUAGUGGGAGGGGGAGAUGCUCCAAUCUCUGGUGCCUAAAACAAGUUUUAUUUCUGUCUUAACACUGGCAAUAACCAGUCUUCAUACCACUGUUGCCUUUUAAAACUUCUUAAUUGUUUCAUGCUGUGUUCGUUGUUGGUUCCAACCCAGUUAUCGCCAGGGCUGUAUGGGUAAAUGCUUUUAAAUGCUCUCUCAUCUUGCUCUUCCCCUCCCCCACUCCUGUGUAUGUAUGAUGUUAAUCUCUUUAAGUUUCUUCCUGCUCCUUUUGUAUCUUCCUUUCUUGUCUCCCCUUCCUACCUUUUGUGUCUGGGUGUUUUGGGGCACUUUUUUUUUUUUUUUUUCCUUUUGUACAAAGAUUAGUUUCAAUGUAGUCUGUAGCUCCUUUGUAAACCUAUUAAAAAAAAGUUUUUUAAUAAAAAA